AUGCGAUUUAUGCAGUCUAGUCAGACGUUAGACAGCAGCCAGCUGCAAGACAGGGACACUGAAAUGCUUCAAAAGUCAGAUUUCACUGAGUUGCCAAGCAGUCUUUCCAGACAAGGCGAGAGUGACAGUCCCUGCCAGAGUUCCAGAGAUGCUUACUGUAAGGUAGACAUUGAGAAUACUGUUAUUGGAUGCAAGAAGAUUGUCAUCUUGGGCCAUUCAUAUAUCCAAUGUGCAGUGCAGAGGGCAGCAGUUAUGAUGGAUGGAAAGGACUUGGGUUUGCGAAGAUUGGGUGGACAGUUAGUUGGCUUGGGAUUAAAGCACAGCACAAGACCAUAUUUUAAACGUGAAAGUAAUUUUGAAGCAAUUCCUGAACGGUGUGAACAAGGAAAAAUGAACACUACAAUUCUAUCCCCAGAUCAGUUUGUUCUUUUUGAUUUUCCAGGGUUUCAGGGCUGGAUAUCUAUUCCUUUUUGUAUAAUAUAUAUCAUCACAUUAUUAGGCAAUGUCAUUAUUCUGAUAAUUAUUAGUAGUGAAGAAAGACUACAAGAACCAAUGCAUAUAUUUAUUUGCAUGCUGGGUGUUGCAGAUCUUGCAUUAAGCAGUUCAGUUUUGCCGAGAAUAAUAAUAAUGUUAUGGUUUGAUAUUAACAACAUUAGCAGAGAAGGCUGUUUUAUCCAACUCUUUUGCAUCUUCUUUUCUGCAAUUGUUGCAUCUUCUUUUCUAGUUGCUAUGUCUUUUGAUCGAUACUUUGCAAUUUGCUACCCUUUAAGGUAUUCAGCUAUAUUUUCAAAUUCUACUCUUAAAAAGACUGCGAUGUUAUGCAUUACACGGAGUUUAAUUUUUGUUACCCCAAUGCCUGUACUUGCUUCCAGUGUAUCAUACUGUAGGUCAAAUAACCUUGUUACUUCUUACUGUGACUAUGAAUCACUGAUAGAAAUUAGCUGCACAAAAUCUGUGUUACAUAGUGUAUAUGGACUGGUGAUUGCAUUCAUUGGAAUAACUGAUGUUUUUUUUAUUAUACUGACAUACACUAUGAUUCUUGUAAAUGUAUUAAAAUUAGCUUCUGUGAAGAAUGGUACUAAAGCUUUAAGUACAUGCAGCUCCCAUCUCAUUGUUGUGCUUUUAACUUACACAACAUCCACAUUUGCUGCUGUUAUGCAUAGAUACACACAAGAUAUUUCAGACACCUUGCUUGCAACACUGUCCUGUUUGUAUAUUAUACUGCCCGGAAUGCUUAAUCCAAUAAUUUAUGGCAUGAGGACCAAAGAAAUAAAGAAACAUGCUUUAAAACAUUUUAAACUUAAUAAAGGCAGAUAA